CUGCGAGAAACUCUGUCUUGUGGUGAUCCAGCCAGUGCUUCAGAUCGGUCGGUUGAUCAGUGGGCGGAAGAAAUUUUGGAAAAUGGCACAGUUCGAGGAAAAUUGUGAGAUUUCGGAAUCGGACGAAUUGGGGCGAUACUUGGUGGCGAAGCGGGAUUUGCCUCGUGGACAGCAAAUACUGGUGGAGCAGCCGAUUGUGAUUGGACCGUAUUGGGACUCGGAGAUAUGCUGUUUGAACUGCUUCAGGAAUUCGUGCACCAUUUGCAGAAAAUGCAAACGAGCCCCACUUUGCUUCGAUUGCACGGAUCACGACGAAUGCGAGUGCGAAUUCUAUCGUAGCUCUGGAUUGGACAUCAAUUUCCUUUUCGACCAUUUCAACGUCGUCACCCCGGUGCGAGGUGUGCUGCUGGCCCAGUCCAACCGCGCCAAAUUCGACGAGAUGAUGGGAAUGGAAGCACACCUGAGCGCGCGAAGAAACACGGACAUAUGGAACGCCCAUGAGAGGAAAAUUGUGCAACCUCUGGUGGAGAGCAAAGCGUUCGCAAAGAUGGAGAAUCCCAGUUUGACCGGCGAAUUGAUACAGCAGAUUUGUGGAUUUUUCGAUGUCAACGCGUUUGAAAUUCGUGGCCAAAUGGACGACCAAGGAAUGCAAAUAGACAACAUGGUUCGGGGCCUGUAUCCGAAGGCGGCAUUGAUGGCACACAACUGCGUAUCCAACACGCUGAUUUCGGUGGACGGUAACGCCAACCUCAGACUGUACACGACUGUUCCGGUGAAGAAAGGCGAAAUGCUACAGUACAAUUACACCAGAAGUCUAUUUGGAACGUUCGAGCGAAGAGCUCAUCUGAAGCUGGGGAAAUAUUUUGUCUGUAAAUGCAGCCGGUGUGAGGAUCCCACUGAACUGGGAACGCAUUUGAGCUCGCUCUAUUGUACAGGAUGUGAUGGUGGACUUUGCUCGUAUUUUGCUAACGAAGACAAAUGGAUGUGUAACAAUUGUCAUCAGCAGCUCGGAGGAGAUUAUGUGAAACAGGUGUUUGUAGCUGCUAGGAAGGAAGCCAUGAUGUGUUCGGUCGAUAUCGAUGAACUGGAACGGAUAAUCGCCAAACACUCAACAACUCUGAAUCCCAGAAAUUCAGUUGUUUUGGAACUCAAACAAAUCCUGGCCGGAGAGCUGCGGAAUCUUUGCCUAUCUUCCCAUGCAUCCAACGUGCCAAAGCAGCUUCUUCAACGUAAAUUUGAACUGUGCGAAGAGAUGCUGGAAGUCCUGAGGAUACUGGAGCCGGGCAUUUCCCGUCUCAAUGGAAUCGCGCUGUAUGAAUACAACGUGGCAUUGUGGGAUCUGUCGAGGAAGAAUUUCGAAUCCAAGGAAGUGAACACGAAGACCUUGCUAGAAAAUCUAGCCAAGGCGGAAACUGGUCUUAAGGAAUCCAUCAGUAUGCUACUGUUUGAGCAUCCUACAACUCCGGAGGGUCAGCUGACCAAACGAGCUUUGCGUGACCUGAAGGAGUUGCGCGAGGAGCUAGCACAAGUGCAAGAGAUGGUAAUCGAAGAUGAAAAAGAACAUGAUUUCAAGGGGCACAACCAAAAUUCAAAUAAAAAGCGUUAGGUGAGAUCGAUUUUA